GACAUUUCCUGCUGUGUCCCCCUGUUAUUAUGUGAAUGUCUUUAGCAAGCAGGGACUUGUCGAUUUUGGGACACCGGCUGCUCUCGAGUCAACAAGAACAGUCACAUCAGGAUUCAGUAGUCACAAAUAAGAAGGACACAAUGCUGUCUGCUUUCGUUGCUAAAAGACUGGUAAGUGGGGUAUGCCAGGCGUCAUGGAGACCAGCUGUGGCAGAACUAGUAACUACAAGGGGUUACAAAGGAGAGGCACCUGAUGACUCUAGGGGUGACCUAAUUGAGAUCCCCCUGCCCCCAUGGACAGAGAAGGAUGGCGAGACCAUGGACAUCAAGAGACGGCGCCUGCUCUUCCAAAGCCGAAAGAGGGGCAUGCUGGAGAAUUGCAUAUUGCUCAGCCUGUUUGCCAAACAAUAUCUUAAUACAAUGACCGAGCACCAGUUAAGACAGUAUGACAGACUGAUCAAUGAGCCUAGCAACGACUGGGACAUCUACUACUGGGCAACAGAGGCCCAGCCUGUACCUGAUGUAUACACAGGUGAAAUCAUGGACCUACUGAAGGAGUUCACUAAGAACAAAGAUCAGGAACAGAGGCUGGACGCACCCAACCUGGAAUACCUGGAUAAGGGGAGCCAGUGAAGCCUGGCUGACGCAUCCCUCUCAGGGUGUUUUCACAUAUAGUCUCCUUUUAAAAUAACUGAUCUUAGUCCUCUUUAAAGUGAACUCUGAGGGUAAAAAAGAAGAAGCAAAAGAUCUGUUCUCUUUGUAUUCACAUUGCCCAUGCCUUUGUAUGAGGAAUCUGAUUUUUGCCAGUUCACUUCACCUAUUUUGUUGUCAGAGUCCUCUUUUCAUUCACAUUGCUAUGUUUAGAAAGGAACCAAUAUCCUUUUCCAACAUUAAUUCAAUGCACUGUGAGUGCAGGACAAGCCAUUCAGUCAGAAUGUGUUAUUGGACAACAAAAUAUACCAUAUACCUACUUACAUUUAGGAAGCUAAAAGAUUACAAUUACGUCUCAUUUUUAACUAAAUGCAAUCAGAAUAUUAACAUAAAUAUUAUUGGUAACAGAAGAACAGCAGAUUAAAUAAUGCUGUAAUAGAGCUGUUGCCCAGGUGCCCAUUAUCUGAACUAAAAACUCCAGGCAUAUUUUGGCAUUUCUGGUCAUCCUUGCUAAUCAAGAUCCUUAAACAGUACAUGCCCCCCGCAAAUCUGCACAUCACAAUUUUAUCUAAUUUGUGGCACCAAUGUGAGGGGCAAAUGUAGUGAACACGGUGUUGCAGUAGUCUACUGUGUGGUGCGGGAAUAAUGACAACCGAAGCUGGGGGAUCUUUGUGUUCACAUUGCCCUAAAAAUGGGAACCGAACUCAGUCCACCUCUCGCGAUGGUCUAAGUUCGCUUCGCUUCGGAGUUCAUUCUUUGGUGGUCUGAGUUCUUACGGAUUGUUCACACUAUCACACUGCACAAAAAAAUAUAGUGGAGAAAAAAAUUGGCUGGAAGGGACCAAGUGUGAAAACACCCUCAGAGAAUGCUAAUGGUUCUCAUCAUAAUUUACCAGAGAAACCCCCAUAGACAAGGACAAUUCCUGCAGAGAGCCAUUGCACUACAUGCAUAUUUCUAUCACCGGCCUUAUUCAUAAGACCUUCAACACAGAAUGAAAAUAAUGACUAGUACACGGAUGUGCGAGGUAACUAUACUGAACAAAAAAUAUAAAUACAAGAUGUACAGUGUUGGUUACAUGAGCUGAAAUAAAAGAUCACAGAAAUGUUC